CAGCAACAGAGGCUACCAGCCAUGGCGGAAGGUGCUUUCCUCUCUAGCCUUAUUGACCGUCUAAGCACCGCAGCCCUGUCGGGUAUCACAUCCUUGUGGGGCGUGAAGGAGCAGGUAGAUUCGCUGAUUCACGAGCUCCAGGCGGUGGAAUGCUUCCUCAAGGAUGUUGACUUGAGGGAGAUUCGGCGGCGCUCCACAUCCAACAACUGGUUCUGGUUACACUCCCUCCGCGAUGCUGCCUACGAUGCUGAGGACCUCAUCGAGAGCGUCGAGCUCCAUGAGGGGAGGUAUUACACUCUAAACCCUCUCCUCCAGCCCUUGAACUCCUACAGAUUUGCAAAGGAAAUCAACGAGAUCAAAUCCAGAUUCCAAUCCAUCAUAGAUAGUUGGGCUAAGAAUGCUUCCAUGUUACGUGAGCUAAGGGAUAUCAGCAACAGCAGCAUCUCAGCCACUGUUGCAUCUGCUGCCGAUUCCUUGUGGAGGCGUUCUUCUUACAACGUCGGUGACGACAUUGUUGUUGGUCGAGAGGAUGAGGUCCGCAUAAUCGUCGAUAGGUUGCUUCACUUUACAUCGCACCGUGAAGUGGUUGGGAUAGUGGGAAUGGGAGGGAUUGGAAAAACCACACUUGCAUCUCUAGUUUACAAUAAGGUUUCUGCAAUCCAAACAGGGAGCACCUCACUACAUCCUGAUUCACCUCAACGAACAGGUUCUCAAAGUAGCUUGGAGAGAUAUUUUGAUGCAUGUGCUUGGGUCCCAGUAGGGCAGAACGCAGAAGCUUUUGGCCUCUUGAGGAUCACAUCAAUCCAAAUUGGCGCUAAGUUGAACAUGAGAGAUAUAGCUGCAGCGAAAAAUGCUAUGUUCCAGUUUCUGCAGCAUAAGAGAUAUUUGAUUGUACUGGAUGAUAUAUGGACGACAGAAACUUGGUUUGAGUUAAGCGAAGUUUUUCCCAAGAACACGAAUGGAAGCAAAAUCUUGCUGACCACUCGCUCCAAGGAAAUUGCGGUUUCUGCUGACCCAUCUUCCCUUCCCUAUGAGCUAAAUCCACUUAGUGAAGAACGGAGCUUUCAGCUGUUUAUUUCCAAAGUUUUUGGGCUGGAUCAUGUUGACACAACAAGUUGUCCGCCACAGCUGAGGGAUGUAGGGCACCAACUUUCAAAGAAAUGCGGAGGGUUGCCUCUUGCUCUUGUGGUAUUGGGAGGACUACUGUCAGGGAAGGAAAAGCUAGUCAUUGUUUGGAGGAGCAUAUUGAAGAGCAUGAAGUGGAACGAUUCCGAAGCUGGGAACCAGUGCUUGGAAAUACUGGCCUUAAGCUACAACUGCUUGACUUAUCAUAUGAAGUUGUGUUUCAUGUAUCUAGGUGUUUUCGAGGAAGGAACUGAAAUCAGUGUCUCUAAAUUGACAAGACUGUGGAUCGGAGAUGACUUUAUACCCCAGCAAGAUGGAAAAACAAAGGAGGAAACAGCCACUGAUUAUUUACAUGAACUCAUACAAAGGUGCCUAGUUCAACCUUUGCAGUCUGCACACAGGCAGUGUUUCAAGAGGGUUCGAAUUCAUGGCAUGUUAUCUGAACUAGCAAGAUUGGAAGCAAGAGAGAGUCGAUUCUUUUACUGUGGACGUGGUGAUGCAAUCCCAAGACAGGAAAGAAAAUAUUAUCGAAGGCUUGCUCUCCAUACAAAACUUGAUGAUUUUUGUGAACUAAGUAACAGUGAGAAACUAAGAUCUCUGAUAAUAUUUCCAGGUGUAGUGGAAUCUCGUGUGGUUACUGUUGGUCACCAGGCAUUCAGGCCUUUUAGCAACAUGUUUUGCCAAAUUUUCUUUUUGUUUCAUCAUUGGAUUCCACACAAUUUUUUGGAACAUAAGACAAACAUGCAAUACAUAAGAGUUCUUGAACUUGAAGGACAACAGAUAUUGGCUCAUAACCUCAAAAGUGUCCAAAGUAAUCUGAACCAUUUGAGAUACAUGAGUCUGAGAAAUACUAAUCUUGGUGAAUUUCCUUUUCCUGAAAGCAAUUUUCCAUUGCUACAAACAGUUGAUAUAAGGGGGACGUCUAUCAACCGGCUUCCAGUUAUAUUUGAGACCCUUGAUUCUCUUCGGCACAUUUACCUGAAUUGGACGGUGUCUCUUAACAUAAGUCGCCUUACUAAUUUACAAACAUUACAUGGAGCUGUAAUUCAUGAUACACAAGCUGAAAGGGAUUUAAUGGCACUAACAAAUCUGAGGAAACUACAUUUUAAGACCAGCUAUGGAAAUGUAUGCAGACCAGAGUUUUCAGAUGGUUUUGAUUUGGAUCAGCUUAUUGCAGGAUUAGAUGUGGUGAAUGAAAACCCUGCAAUAGCUGAAUCUUUGAUUCAGAUGGGAAAUCUCAACUCAAUAUUUAUAAUGAUGCCAUUUAGCUCAUUUCGAGGAAUUACUUCAGAUAUAAUUCAAGCAGUAACGAACCAUGAGCAACUUCAGAAGUUGAAUCUACAAGGAUUAGCACGUCAUCUCCUGCUAGAAGAUCUACAUUUCAGUUGCAUCAAAAGCAUCACAUUGUCUGGCUCAUGGAUGGCUUCAAGUCCAAUGGAAUCACUGGGCUCACUCGCAACUCUUUGUGAACUCAAGCUAAAGGAUGAUGCACUCCGUUGCUCAGUGGUAUCAUGUUCACAGAACAGUUUCCCUGAGCUACGGUACCUUAAAAUCAGUCGACUGGGGAAGCUUAGGGUGUUCGAUGUGGGGAAUGGCUCAUUUCGGAAUCUCACCCGCUUCGCAAUCCAUGAGUGUGCAGAAUUCUGUAGCACGCUUGAGGUCAUGGAGCAUGCUACGAGGCUGCAAGUCCUGAAAAUUAAGGCAAUGCCACCAGUCCUGCCGGAUGUUGCAGGUUUUUGUCACAGCAGAAAUAUCAAUCUUAUCAGCUGAUCUGGCAUCAAAGUUUCUGUAUAGUUGGUACCCUUAUUGCCGGCAUAAUUUAUUUUGUAAUCUGUUCAUUAGUAAAAUUCAGCCCAGGUUCACCCGAUGGUAA